AUGUCUGAUAAAAUGGAAAUGGAAGAUGUAAUUUUUACUGGGGAAGAUGAAUUUACUCAAUCAAGAAAAGAAUUGGAUGAUACAUCAUCCAUUGAUGAGCAAAAAGAUUUAGGCGUCCAGUCUCAAGACACUUUUUCUACAGUUAUUAUGGAACUGAACCAGCAAGAAAUAAAAAGACUUGAAGGUGAAAAUCGUACUCUUAAUGAAAAUAUUGAAUCCAUGAGUCAAGAAUUAAAUGAAAUUAAUGACAAAAAUAAAAAGUUAGAAAAUAAAUAUGACAACCUUAUACAAGAUUACGAAGAUUUAUUGCAAAAAGAACAAGAGGCUAAACAAUGUUUUGAAGAUUUAAAGCAAAAAUUACAGAAACAACCCGAAAAUAAUCAAAGGAUCGCGAAUUUACGAGAUCAAUUGAGAGAAAAAGAAACGGAUAUUCAUGAACUUGAGCAAAAAAAUAAAAAUCUCAAAGGAAAGGCCAAAGAAGCAGCAUCGAAAUACAAAUUACUUGAAGCACAAGUUCAUGAUCAAACAAACGACAUCGUGACUUUACAAAGUCAAUUGAGCGAAAAAGAAAAUGAUAUUCGUGAACUUAAUCAAAAGCUCAAAGAUGAAAUAUCGAAAUAUCAAUCAGCACUUGAAACAAAAACACAUGACCAACCCAAUGAUAUUGCAACUUUACAAGAUCAAUUGAACGAAAAAGAAAGUGAUAUUCGUGAUCUUGUGAAAAAAAACAGAGAGCUCAAAGAAGAGGCAUCAAAAUAUCAAUCAGCACUUGGAGCUGCGACAAAUGUGCGUUUAGGUAACGAUGAUCAAAAUCAUUCAGUUCAACUUAAGCAAGAUAUAUUAGAUCUACAGCGAACAUUGGAACAUUAUGCAAUUUUACAACGUAAAGUGUUAGAACAAAUUUUCGACUUUUCAAAUAAAUAUGGAUUAUAUAAAGGCGACAAUUAUUCAUUAGAAACUGAUAUCGAUUUAAAAGCACAAGAAUUACUGUUGUUGAUAAAAGAGUUCUCAGAAACUCGCGUUGGAACCGAUGAAGUUUCUAACGUUGCAACAAUAAAGAUACGUCAACAAAUUUACAGAAUUCUUGGUAACCGCGGAUUUUCCAAUAUUAUUUCUCCAAAAGAUAAUAGUAUUAGCUCUCAUAAUUUCAUUCAUAUUUUCAGCCAAGUUUUGAAUGAAACGAUUAAUAAAUAUCGUCAAAUAAAUGAUAUAGAAAGGAAGAAAGAAGUGGAAAAACUGGCACAACAACUUAUUCGUGAUGUGUGCAGAAUAUUUUGGUUUCGUUUUUUGGUUCAGGAACCGAAGCUACAAAAUAAAUUUAUUGAAAGUAAUACUCUGGUUAAUCCAGAUUUAAUGAAUGGGAGAUGGGAAACUGACGAACUCGAGAAAGUCUGUGUGGAUCUUUGUUAUUUUCCUUUGGUAGGAAGGGAUUUGGAUUCAAAUUCAAAUUAUAAAGUAAUUACACCUGCCAAGAUUAUUACGCGUCCAAUUGAUCAAAGUAAUACAGAUGAGGAAGAAAAUGAGCAAGGACAGCAAGUAAAUGAGAAAGGGAAUGAAGGGAAUGAAGAAAAUGAACCUGAUAAAGUUGUGGAUGUAAAAAAUUCAAGUUUGUUAAAUUUUGUCAAAAAAAAAAUGAGAUCGAAUUCAAAAUAA